AUGUAAUUUAUUCUCUUUUUUGUCUGUAUUGUUACAUUAGUCGAUUGUGAAAUGAAGGUUCUAAGACCCCCUGAAUUGGUGGAUCGUUUAGGGUCUAAAGUAUAAAAUGCAUUACCUAAUUUUGGGUUUGAGCUCAUUUAUAUCAUAUAUUAGCGUAAUUCCAUUUGGACAUCGACUAAUGGGAUAUGUUGAUAUGGCUGAACCUAAUGAUGGAUGCAGUGCUCUCCAAUCGGCUUAUAGCAGCCAAUUUAUUAUGAUGGGGAGAGGAAAUUGUUCAUUAGUCACUAAAGUCUUAAAUGCCGAGAAAGCUGGGUACUCAUUAGCCAUAAUUGGCAAUAAUAAUGAAAGUCCAUUGGAAUCUGAUUUGGUUAUGGAAGAUGAUGGUCAGGGAUACUUAGUAUAACUUUGAUUCUAUAAAAUAGGUGAAUAUUCCAUCAAUAAUAAUUUCAUAAAGGGAUUUUUUUAUUAUGAAGGAUUACGUUAAAAGACUUGGAGUGCUUGAAGUUUCUGAUGAGAAGGUCUUUACCUUAGUGAAAUUCGAUGUCUAAAAAACAUCACGAGUACUUGUAACAUUGAGUUUGGACGUAAGUGAUAGGGAUUCAUACAGAGUAGUCGAUGAGUUCUCUUAAUAUUACGAUCUCUUAAAAAAUGAGGAAGUUGGUUAUAAGAUUGGUUAUAAAAUCUUUGAUGGCAAUAGCUUUGGCAAAGAUUUAGAUUACUAAAUUGAUUCAGACAAUUGCAUAUGUUCAAGAAGGUAUUGUGCAAUUGAUCCAGAUGGGGAAGGAGUAGCAUCAGGAAGAAACAUAGUUGAGGAAGUUCUUAGAUAAAGCUGUAUCUUUGAGAAUGAUGGAAAAGAAUACUUUCUAUACAUGGUAACUUUUCUAUUCUAAUUUUAGAAUGCAUUUAAUUUUAAAUGCACCAAAGCUCAGGCCUAUAAUAUAUGUGGAAAUAAGAUAAUAAACACUCUAAAAUUGUCUGCAGAUAAAAUUAAUAAUUGCAUAGAGACGUCCUUUUUGGAUAUUUCUAAUCAUCAUGUUACAAAGAAUUAUACGAUUGCUUAUAAUUUUAUUUUGGAUUAAUAGUUACAUUCAGCUGAUUUUGCUGGGAUGGUUGGCGUACCAUCAGUGGCUGUGAAUUCAGUGGUUUACAAGGGAUAAUUGACAGGCAAGGGAAUUUUUGGUGAAAUUUGCAACAGUAAUAGUUUACAAUUCAUUAAGAGGUUUUAUUACUCCGCCUUCGGUUUGCAGAUCUGAAGUGGAGAACUACUAACAAUUCGAAUCCGAGGGUUAACAUUAUCUAUUUUGGGUGAUGCUGUUUGUUUCUAUUCUGAUCGCAAUUUUUAUUAUCGUGUUGUACUUGUUGUUCAAGAAGUUCGUGCUUAGAGAUAGUGUCGAGGUUACUCAAGUUUAGGUUAAUGAGAUGGUCAGUCAGUACAUUAAAUUUAAUGAGGGGAAAAGUUAGCAAAGGCAAAGUUCUUUCUGAGAUAUUGAUGUAAUUAUAUUUAUUAAAUGAAAUGGAAC